CGUGCCCGCCAGAGCGCGCGUCCGGGAGAGUGUGCGGGUGUGUGCGGAGGGCGUGCGCACACGCCUUCGUGGCCGGAGCGACUCUGCAGUGGGCUGGCUGCUCCCGAGCCUCGGUUCCUCAGCCCCAACCUGUCGGCACCGCUUCUGGGAAGCAUCUUGGCUCUUUCCCCUUCCCGAGCCUUCCUCUCCAUCCUUUCAUCCACCCCUCGCCCACCGUACUUUUCCUUGGAAUCCCCGGCUGCAGCCAACCACCCAGUCCACCGGUGCAAGCACCCAGGCGGUCUCCAGUCCUUCCCUACACCAACAUUUUCCCACCUGUCUUUCUGUGGGGCUCCUGCGUGAGCCGGUCCAAGGCGCCCCCAUCCUUGGAAAUUGUUUUGUUGGACUGCUCUGCCGAGGCGUGUAUACCUCGAGGACUUAAUUAUUAUUUUGAUUCUUUUCAUUCCCUCCCCUUCUGGGCAACGGAGCAAUGAAAUUUCCAAUCGAGACGCCAAGGAAACAGGUGAACUGGGAUCCUAAAGUGGCUGUUCCUGCGGCAGCCCCACCCGUGUGCCAGCCCAAGAGUGCCUCUAACGGGCACCCUCCGGCUCCCCGCCUCUCCAUUUCCUCCCGCGCCACGGUGGUAGCCAGAAUGGAAGGCGCCUCCCAGGGGGGCCUGCAGACUGUCAUGAAGUGGAAAACCGUGGUUGCCAUCUUUGUGGUCGUGGUGGUCUACCUCGUCACGGGUGGCCUCGUCUUCCGGGCGCUGGAGCAGCCCUUUGAGAGCAGCCAGAAGAACACCAUCGCCCUGGAGAAGGCGGAAUUCCUGCGGGACCACAUCUGCGUGAGCCCCCAGGAACUGGAGACAUUGAUCCAGCAUGCCCUUGAUGCUGACAACGCAGGAGUCAGUCCAAUAGGAAACUCUUCCAACAGCAGCAGUCACUGGGACCUUGGAAGUGCCUUUUUCUUUGCUGGAACGGUCAUCACCACUAUAGGGUAUGGGAAUAUUGCACCCAGCACUGAAGGAGGCAAAAUCUUUUGUAUUUUAUAUGCCAUCUUUGGGAUUCCACUCUUUGGUUUCUUAUUGGCUGGAAUUGGAGACCAACUUGGAACCAUCUUUGGGAAAAGCAUUGCAAGAGUGGAGAAGGUCUUUCGAAAAAAGCAAGUGAGCCAGACCAAGAUCCGGGUCAUCUCCACCAUCUUGUUCAUCUUGGCCGGCUGCAUUGUGUUUGUGACAAUCCCUGCUGUCAUUUUCAAAUACAUUGAGGGAUGGACAGCGUUGGAGUCUAUUUACUUUGUGGUGGUCACUCUAACCACAGUGGGCUUUGGUGAUUUUGUGGCAGGGGGGAAUGCUGGCAUUAAUUACCGGGAAUGGUAUAAGCCCCUGGUGUGGUUCUGGAUCCUUGUUGGCCUUGCCUACUUUGCAGCUGUCCUCAGCAUGAUUGGAGAUUGGCUGCGAGUUCUAUCCAAAAAGACAAAAGAAGAGGUUGGUGAGAUCAAGGCCCACGCGGCAGAGUGGAAGGCCAACGUGACGGCCGAGUUUCGGGAGACGAGGCGGCGGCUCAGUGUUGAGAUCCAUGACAAGCUACAGCGGGCGGCCACCAUCCGCAGCAUGGAGCGCCGGCGACUGGGCCUGGACCAGAGAGCCCACUCGCUGGACAUGCUGUCCCCAGAGAAGCGCUCCGUCUUCGCAGCCCUGGACACAGGCCGCUUCAAGGCCUCCUCCCAGGAGAGCAUCAAUAACCGACCCAACAACCUGCGCCUUAAGGGGUCGGAGCAGCUCAACAAACAUGGGCAGGGCGCCUCUGAGGACAACAUCAUCAACAAGUUCGGGUCCACCUCCAGACUCACCAAGAGGAAAAACAAAGACCUCAAAAAGACCCUGCCCGAGGACGUGCAGAAAAUCUACAAGACCUUCCGGAAUUACUCUCUGGAUGAAGAGAAGAAAGAGGAGGAGACUGAAAAGAUGUGUAACUCAGACAACUCCAGCACAGCCAUGCUGACGGAGUGCAUCCAGCAGCAUGCAGAGAUGGAGAACGGAAUGGUACCCACGGACACCAAAGACAGGGAGCUUGAGAACAACUCAUUACUUGAAGACAGAAACUAAAUGUUAAGGACUUUGGACUAGGACCGAGCGUUGUGUGUGUGUGUGUGUGUUUUUUUUUAAAUAUUCACACUGAGACACGUGCCUUAAAACAGACUUCUUGUGAGUCCAAAAUUACAUAGCAUUGAAGAAUAUAUUUCACUGUGCCAUAAACGACUGAAAGCUUGCUCUGCCAAAAUGAAUCAAAGAACAAGAACUUCAUUUCAGACAGCAGCUUCGGGACACACAGGGAGCAUUCGCACAUGUAGCAGGGUGGGGCCGCACACGUCAAGGGGGUUCCCACAGUGAUGCUGUACCACCGAGCAGUGUCACCUGGGCGUGGCAUGCAGCCCAGGGCAGCUAUUCCUUAGACCAGCCUCUGAAGGGAACAGGUGUAUCUGGAGUUUGGUUUCCUGCAGCUACCCUCACACACAGAAGGGGGCCUGACCGCGGGUGAACUGGUAACUGUGACUAGGUUUAGAGCUGACAUUUCGGCGUGUGCUCUGAGCUUAAAUUUUGACCUGCACCGUUCAGCGUGUAACACGCUUUCUGAGCUCCAAGAGAAUGCUUGUGGGAACAUGAAAGCACCCAGAAGUUUUGUUGGAAGCAGAUCAGAGUGCGCCUAUGAAAAGGUGCGAUUGCUUUUCUCAUUAUGAAAUUAAAAAUAAUCACACACAUCACACUGUGGUUAUCUCCUUAACCAACGACAGAAGCCUCCAGAGUUUUGUCCUCAUGGGGCCAGAUAUUCCAGGAGAACUUGCAAGCGUUGGUGAAAAGUCAACCUCAACUGCUGCAUGGUUGGAGGCCAGUCGUGCAUUUUCAUCAGUGGGUGUGAUGGUGAAAAUAAACUGAUUUUGAAAUGUCCAUGUUCACUUUUCUACUGAAACUUAAGUUAUAACUUGUUUUAAUAAGGGGGCAAAUACCAAAACUAUUGCCUUGCAUGAUGCCAGUGGCUUGCUGUUCUGUCUAGCCAAUUCUAAAUUUUUAUAAAAAUAGAAAUCCUGCGUUUCUGAGACAUACCGAGAAGUACCAUGGCAUCUUUCCAUCUCAGGGCUUUCUGUCCCUUCGAGUGUCUUGGGUAGACAUAGUCAUGAGACCCAGUCUUGCUAUUUCCAAACAAAAGUAAAAUUAAUCCCUCGACCAACUCUUGUAAAAUUGAAAGGUUUUGCUUGCAGCUUAAGUGCCAUUAAUGCCAUUUACAAAACAAUACUUAAAAGGAGUACUUACAAUAUUUUGUUUUACUUCUGUUUGGCUGUUCCUUUCUUCUAGAAGCAUUCUUGAACACUCCUCCUUGAUUGUUUCAAGGCAAACAGUAACCAAUGGGUGAUAAUUAUGAUAUGAUGGUAGAACAGUCAGUGAGGAGGGUGGGAGAACAGCUAGUCACCGGCUUUGAGAGGGUGAUUUUAAAUGGAUUUUUAUCAGAGAGGGAAAAAAGAAUAAUAGGCCAUUGUCUUUGUGUGUUUCUGGUUUAUCACAAUCGGCGGGGUGUCACAUCAGUUCAGAGUUAGCUGUCUGUGCUGCUGAAGCGUUUGUGUCUGGCAAUACCAGGCAGUUGCUGGUUAUGGACCUCCCACUUUGGGGGACGUCACACAACUCACCCACACUGUGGAUUUACCAAAUGAUCAGAACACAAGUGGAGACUUCCAGAAACCUUCUAGUGCUUUCUGAUGUUCAGGGGAAAAUUAUGCCCACUGUAUCCUCGACCAUUCAUAACACAAAGACCUUUCUUGCUUGUUUCCCUCAAAAUGACAGCUGUCCAUUGCCUGACCCCAAACUUUUACGCUUGAGUUAAAGUCCUGGCAUUGUUUUUGAGAAGGACCCAAAUAAGAGCCGCUGUGAUGGAACCUUUCCGGUCAGGUUUGGUUCUUCCUUCCCUCUGCUUGAGCAGUGGCUCACUGGUGACAUCCAGUGUUCACAGUACAGACAUUUGGGAAGCGAUGGGUAUGCAGGUGUGGGUGUUGGUUUUUACUGUGGGUAUCAUUCCAGCCUGAACCAAGGGUUUUAAGGAAUUGGUAGAUAACUCAGAUUUUCCUGAUUAAACCUUUGGAUCUCAUAUUUAUGUUUCCAUCCUAUAGUACAUUGGUUCUUCUUUAGCAGUGUGUUAAAAUUGCAGGCACAACAGUUAGAUCUGGCAAAGAGGCUUUCCUCCCAUUUAUCCAGUGCCUUCUGUGGACCAGGCACUGGAUCAGGCACUUUAUGGAUGUCAGCUCCACAAAUGGUCACAGCACCACAGGGGAAGUAUUUGCAAACCUAUUAUGCAGAUGAGGACAUGGAGGCUCAGGAAAGUUGAGUAACUUACCUAGGCACACAGCAAGAAGGUGGUAGAGCUGGUAUUCAAAGUAUGACCAAAGUCUGCUUUCAACUUUGCUACAGUGUCUGUGUCAUGCACCCUUGUGUGAGUGUGUGUGUGUGUG